AUGGCUUCUAAUUCUCCUUCUUCAAAUCGCCUUCGUGUAGGCUACGCUUUUCCCCCAAACAAAGAGCGCAAUGUAAUUCGGCCAUCUCUAAUCGACUACGCCAAGUUCCAUGGCGUCGACCUUGUUCGUAUCGACCUCCAAACGCCGCUCCUCCACCAAGGUCCAUUCCACUGCAUCAUUCACAAACUCUACGACGAUGCUUGGGCAGAGAAUCUCCAAGACUUCGCCUCCAAGAAUCCUGACGUCGUCGUCGUAGAUCGCCCAGACCUGAUCUCUAAACUCUACAACAGAGUCUCCAUGCUCGAUGUAGUGAGCCAGGUGAAGGUUUCCGACUCUGGCGUAAGAAUCGAGGUGCCGAAACAGAUACUUGUCAAAAAGGAGGAAGAAGCAAUCGAUUCGAUUAUGAAUUUAGAGUUGAAAUUUCCAGUGAUUGCUAAGCCGAUGGAGUCAGAUGGAAGUGCAAAAUCGCACGAAAUGUCUCUAGUCUUUAACCGACGCGGAUUAAAGGAGUUGAACACGCCCGUACUUCUACAGGAAUUUGUGAACCACGGCGGAGUAAUGUUCAAAAUCUACGUUGCUGGAGAUCAAUCGGUGUGUGUUAAGCGGAAAUCGCUGCCGGAUGUGGAGGGGACGGAGGAAGAACUAGAGAAGAAAACGGAGGGCGCGAUGAAGUUUUCGCAGAUAUCUAGGGCAGAGGAGAAGAGUGAGAAAUGCAACGGCGAGGCGAAAAAGGAGGAGAAAGAGAUUGAAAUGCCGCCGGAGAAGAUAGUGAGGGAGGUAUCGAGAGGGUUGAAGGAAGCGAUGGGGAUUAGGCUGUUCAAUUUUGACAUGAUAAGAGAUGGAAAUGGAACGUAUUAUGUGAUUGAUAUAAAUUACUUACCAGGAUUUGCAGUUCUGCCGGAGUACGAGCCGUUUCUGACGAAAUUCUUCAAGGAAGUGACGGAGAAGAAGGUGGAUGAGGUGGCGUCUGCCAUUGAAGACGAUAAAGCAAAACCACGGUGCUGCAGUUGUUUCCAAAGAACGUGA